UUUUUGUUUAUCAAAUACAAAUGUUAUUAGAUACUCAGGUCAUUUUGAAAGUCACACUGGGUGCCCUGAGCGCGUGCGUAUUAUUUUCUGCAUUGGUUCUCUUUUUCUACAACUACCGGAUAUACUUUACGCCUUGGCCGCAUAGGCGGAGGUGGCACAGGAGGGAUCUUAGGUGGACCAGUGUUGGCGAGACUCACAAGGUGCCUCCGGUCCACACACUGACUCUCGGAGAAAUAGAAGGCGCGUUGCCUGCCCAGCCAGGGUCCAAGGGAUGCUGUCUGGUGUGUUUGGAGGACAUAAAAGAAGGCGUUUCAGUGCGGGCCCUUGGAUGCGGGCAUUCGUUCCAUAUUCCGUGUAUUGAUCCGUGGCUUACAACCAACGCCAGCUGUCCAGCAUGUAGAAAGAAUAUAAACACAAAAUAAUUAAAUAA